AUGGCAGUACGGAACGAACUCCAAAUUCCAUUGGUGAAACUGGGCAAUCAAGGCCUUGAGGUCUUAAAGUUAGGAUUUGGAUGUAUGACCCUGAGUGGAAUGUACAAUUCCCCACUCCCUGAGGAGGAUGGAAUAGCAGUAAUAAAGUAUGCUUUCAGUAAGGGAAUCACUUUCUUUGAUACAUCAGACGUUUAUGGACCCCAUACUAAUGAAAUUCUUCUUGGAAAGGCCUUGAAGCAGUUGCCAAGAGAGAAAAUUCAGAUAGCCACCAAAUUUGGCAUUGAAAAAGUAGGAUUUCCUCACAUGCAAGUGAACGGUAGCCCUAAGUAUGUUCGCUCAUGCUAUGAGGCUAGCUUGAAGCGUCUUGAUGUGCAAUACAGUGAUCUGUAUUAUCAGCAUCGGGUAGACACAAAAGUACCCAUAGAAGAAACUGUUGGUGAACUUAAGAAACUGGUAGAAGAGGGAAAGGUCAAGUACAUUGGUCUAUCUGAUGCUAGCCCAGACACAAUAAGGAGGGCACAUGCUGUGCAUCCCGUCACAGCUUUACAAACGGAGUGGUCUCUCUGGAGUCGUGAGAUUGAAGAUGAGAUAAUUCCACUUUGCAGGGAGCUUGGCAUUGGAAUAGUUCCAUACAGUCCUCUUGGUCGUGGUUUUUUAGCUGGCAAAGGAGCUGUGGAAAAUUUGGCUGCAAAUAGCGUAUUGGUACAUAUUUCACCAGUAUUUUGUGUUAUUCAUUUGUAA